AUGCUGAGCCCUACUGUCUCCGCAAACGAGCUCUUUCUGGUGGUAGCUUCCAAGAGCAGUACUAAUGAGACAAAGCUCCAUCACAUACAGCAACUCAAAUCUCACGUCAAGAAGGACUUGGUGGAUAUUUCUCUAGUCGCGAAAUAUGUGGAGGCAUUGGCCAUAGCAGUCGAUAUCCCGGACCUUGGAAUCCUGACCGUCAGCUUCAGCGUGCUUUCACACCUCGUGAAGCGUGUGAGUAUGCAAGAUAAGUCCGGCAAUGUGCUCAAAGGUCAAAGCUUUCUCAUCCUCCCAAUUAUCAUAAAUCGUUUGGGUGACUCCAAAGCAAGCACGCGAAGUUCUGCCCGCAAAGCAUUGGAAGCCUACUGGUUCUCUGCACCAAAGCAAGUUGAGGAAGCUGUUGCAGAAAUAGCAUUAAACCAUCGCAACCCAAGCAUAAGCUUGGAGUCUAUCUUGUGGUUGGAUCACAUUGUCAUGAACGUUAAUCAACACUUCAAAUUAGAUUCAUUUCUUCCAGCUUUAGCCCAGACCUUGGCUUCCAGCACCAGUCCUGCUAGCCCAGAUGUGGUUGAUAGUAUAAAGAGUCUUUUUUCUAACUACUACAACUUAAGGCAAAAUCGCUUAUACAAGUUUGACUUGGCAAAGAAAUUGGAAAAUCAUGAAGUUCCGUUGAAGCUAAUUAAUGAAAUCAUGAAAGAUAUUACCGGUAUUGAUGAAGGCUUUAUCAGAGCUGGCGAAGUGCGAGCAGAUAUAACGGAAACAGAGGUGGAGACGGGUAUGGAUCCAAAAUUGCAGUCAAUUAUUAACAAUGCAAAGUAUGCGGUUGACUCCUCAAUUCCGCCAUUGGAGGUCCGCAAUUCAGGUAUGCUACAAGAUAUUAUGAACGAUGUCAUCUCGAUCUUUAAUGGUCGAGAAACGGAGUUCAACUGGACCCCGAGAGAGAAGCAAAUAAUUAAAUUGAGAUCUAUUCUCCGUGGAAACACGCCAAUCGAGUUCAAAGACGAUUUAUUGCAAUAUCUCAAAGAGGCUUCAGAUGCCAUUAACAAAGCCGUGUCUACCUUAAGAACUACAUUAUCAUCACAUGGUUGUCAUUUUGUGAAAGAGUGCGCAAUUGUUCUUCAGGCUGAUUUUGAUCCCUUGGUUGAGUGUUUCUUACCCACAUUAAUUAAGUUAUGUUCAGCAACAAAAUUGAUUGCAUCUACUAAUGCUAAUCAUGCUAUAACGGCCAUUUUUGCCAGUUGUUCGUACAACUACCGGCUACUUCAAAGAGUUCUGAGCUGUGCUCAUGAGAAAAAUGUACAGCCUCGUACUUAUAGUGGUGUGUGGGUUCAGAUUUUGCUUUUAAGAUUCCAUUCAAAUCAAUCUUUUCUAUCGGUACAUACCACUGCUGCUGCGGGAGUUGAAGUUACAUCAAAAAUUAUCCAGAAGUUGUUAGGUGACCCUAACCCAGCUGUCCGACAAGUGGCUAAAGAUACCUUUUGGUGCUUCUGGUCCAAAUUUCAAAAUGAUGCCGAAAACCUUUUAACCAAACUUGAACCUAACAUAGUGAAAAACUUAGAACGUUCGAGACCACAAGCAGGCGCAGGCAUUGCACGUUUAUCAAGCGCACCAAAGAAACCCAGGUCUUCUAUCAAAGAAUCCAUAAUCCAGAGAAACAAGGAAUUGAAGUCAAAGCAAAGGGAAGCUGCAAUAAAUUCCCGGCCUUCCACAAAGGCCGUUUCACGUUCUGCUACACCUACUGAAAGCCUGAAUAUAAAGGCCAAGAGUACAAAUCAAGUCAUUGAGGAUCUCCCAAAUAUUACUAGAAAGGAGCAACCUUUGAAAUCAACUAUCCAACCUGAAAAGCCAAAGGCUAUUGAAGAACCAGCCCAUACUGAGGUAGCUUUUGACAAACAAGCAGAUCCAAUUUUAAAGUUUUUGUCUUCAAAUCAAACUGGAUUAAUCGAGGAAGGAGUGAACUUAUUAAAGUAUGCAAUUUUGGGUAAUGAAGAUUUGUCAACGGAAAUCAAUGGUCUCUUGAGAAAAAUAUCCAUACGAGACCCAUACUUACUUGGACCGUUAUUUUUGUCAGGAGACAAUCUUUUCAGAAGAAGCUAUCAAUUUUUUUCGCCUGAGGACUUUCUUCGUAUCUGUUGUAUCUUGAUUGAACCUUCCACGGAUCAAAAGAUUGAGUCUAUAAUAUCCCUCAUCAGUGCAGAUCAAAUUUACGACUCUGUGACUAGGUUGCUAUCUUACACUAUAAGUACAUCUAACAUAUUGGAUGAUGACGAAUUAACUAUUCAGAUAAUCAGAUUCAAAUCAAGUAUCAUCAAAAUGGCGGUAUCAUUCUUAUUGGUAAGUCUUGACAGAAUUCCAAUCAGCGAUAGCAACUUUCUGAAAUUAUGUACCAACUUGUUGGAGUUGGUGAGUCUCUUAAAGUCGACUGAAGUCUAUCCAGUCUUCUCGAGCCUUAUGGUGAAGUUACACACUAUUAAUCCUAUUUUGUAUACUUCAGAGCUUGAAUUGGUAGAUGAAAGUACGAAGGAGGAAGUUGAGCUAUUAGUUGGAAUUGAUCGUAAUUCAGCUAAAACGUUGAACAAUAUGAACAAUUUGGGUUCUCUAUUUGAUUUAACACAGGUAAACCACAGGGGUAAUAUCGACAAAUUUUCUCCUGUCAAGUUAAAUUCCGAUUUCACCAUGAUCAUGCCAAUAAUGAAAAACAAUAAUGAGUUUACAUACAUACCAAAAGCUGAACCUCUCAGGCCUGUUUCAAAUGAUACUGAAUCUACGAACGAGCACCAGUUCAAACCAGAGAAGGUAAUUGAGACUAGUGUUGAAUUAAGUAGUGAUCAUUCAAUUGAAAUUGUUGAUGAUUUUGCACAAGUUACCUUGACAAGCGAGCUUGAGCAGAGAGAUCCCGUUCAAAAAUUCAUUGAAAAGAUGGACCCUUUGAAGUCAAUCUCGAACAAGAAUAAGCAAAUUAGCAUUUUUGAAGAUGCCAAAGGCUCACCCCAGAAAGUUCGUGAUUACAAUUAUAGUAAACAAAAUUGGUUCAAUUUUCAACUCGCAAAAACAUCAGUUGAAAGUUUACCUGAGAGCACUGAAGAUAUCCCAAUAGAAAGUUUUAAGGAUAUUUGUACUACCAUUAGGUCGGACGCGGUGAAUGGAAGAGACUUCAUCGGAGCUUUGAAUUAUUUACAAAACCUUGAUUCAUGUGAUUUAGAGUUUCAUAAGUUUUUCGAAAAAGAUGGAAAGUCCCUUCUUGAGAGCUCUUUAUGGAGCUUUUUCAAGAAUGAUAAAGUACUUACGCAGUCAAAUAUCUUAAGUGGAAUAAUAUUGCUCAAACAACUUCUUAUUAACAGAUACGUUCUUGAUUUGCAAACGCUUUGGGAUACUUUACUACUCUUAAACAAAAUUCCAAAUAUGAGUGGAGAAUUGGUACACGCUACUGACGAAACUUUCGAAGAAAUGAUCUCCGGGCUCUAUGGUAGUCACGAAUUAUUUGCAUGUGUACUUCACUCGUUGAACUCUAGUAGCAAUGAGUAUUGCCAAAGAUUAUUGCUUUUUAUCAUGGGUUCUUUGUCUAAAUUGUUGAAAACUUCUAUUUCAAUAAGUGACGCCCAAAUUGAAUUGGUGGAUCAAGGACUUUUUAAGUUGAUGAACAACGACGCGGUCGAGGUGAGGAGAUCGGUGAUUAUGAUCUACAGCAUAUUGUUGAAGACUUCUCGGAAUUCUAGAAACCAGGCCCAGGUUGAUGAUAAAAAUGGUGCAAUGCAAAGGGUGCUACUGAGACUUUCUUUGCCCCAACAGAAACUAGUGGAAUUUUAUAGCCAUGAAUGA